AUGGUUACGUUGGAAUCUGAUGAUACAGGAAUAGAAAUAAUGCCAUCAAAACAAGGACUGAAUUGGAUACCAAUAAUAAUAAUUGUGGGAUCAAUAAUAAUUGUGGGAUCAAUUAUUCUUCUUCUUAUUAUUGGUUUAAUUAUUCUAUUUUUACGUAAACGACGUGGUGCUAAUCGUGGUUAUAAUCCAACAGCAACCGGUGACGUACGAACAACAACUCAAUCAUAA